AUGUUCCUUAACAUAUCUGGUCUCUCCCGAAGAGUCCUCAAACCCUAUGCGGCCGAAUUCCUUGGAACUGCCCUCCUAAUUGUACUUGGAGACGGAGUGGUCGCACAAUGUCUCCUAUCUGAUUAUCAGUAUGGCACCUGGCUGUCCAUCAACAUGUCCUGGGCUGCGGCCGUCUGUAUUUCCGGCUAUCUUGCCGACCCCAGCCCGACCAUCAACCCAGCUGUGACCAUCUGCACUGCUCUUAUUCGUCCGACUCCUGGGCAAUGGAGAAAGCUACCAGGUAAGCUGUUUGCCCAGUUUCUGGGUGGCUUUGUGGGUGGCGCAAUUGUGUAUAUCAACUACCGGUCGGGCAUCGAAUCGUGGGAUCCCGAGUACACGAUUCCGGGUGGAUCAAUUCUGAGCCCACAAGGACAUCAUUCCGCUGGUAUCUUCUCGACCUAUCCCGCCGCCACCUUACGGUCGAACUGGGAGGCCGCCUUUUCCGAAUUGCUCGGGUCGGCGGUGCUCAUGUUUGGAUCUCUGAGCAUCUCGGACCCGGCCAAUGCGCCUCGCUUCUAUUCCCCUCAACUCUCCGUGUUUUUGCUGCUUCUGGCCAUUGGCGCUUCCUUGGGCUGGCAGACUGGAUAUGCUAUUAACCCAGCGAGAGACUUCGGCCCGAGACUGUUUUCUGCCAUUAUCUAUGGCAGAGAGGUUUUCACAGCGGCCAACUACUAUUUUGUCGUCCCUCUUUUCGCCCCAAUUGUCGGUUGUAUCGUGGGGGCUGCAACCUACGACUCUCUCCUCUACGAGGGAGAGGGAUCUCACAUCACCGACGCCCUCGACAAAAACGAAGAUCGACACGGCGCCCUUCGGCUAGACUAA